UGCCUUAUCAUGAUAAGACUCUUAUCUCUUAUCACUCAAUCCUUAUUGGCCUCGGCAUCUUAUCUCAACACUAAGAUACCUUAUCAUGAUAAGAUUCUUAUCUCUUAUCCCUCGAUCAUGAUUGGCUUCGGCAUCUUAUCUCAACAUAUACAAUGGAUAUUCAUGACAGAAUAGCUGGAUUACAACAUUUCCCCUGCCCACAAGAGUGCCCUCUUGGGUAAAUUGUGCCCCGGUUAGAAUCUCCUGGCUGAUCGUCAUCCACAGUGCCCCUGGAUAGUCAUUGGUUGGCCGCUCCUAAAAUAUUACGUAA